CUGGUGUCUGACGCUGCCGGAACUCCGAAAGCCGCCCGAAGGCGGGGCUUGUGCAAACCCGGGAAAAGAACCGCGAGCGCAAUGGACUGAUGGGGCAACCGGCAAGUCUGGUUUUCAUUUCCGUUUUCCUCCUUUUAUUUUAGGCUGGCCCCGAAAACAGGAAGAUGCAGAAGUGAGAGCGACAGAUAGACUCACCUGCUCUGCUCCCCACCGUUUAUGUCCUUGAGGGCACCCACCCACUCACCCCUAGGCCCACCCAGUAAAGCAGUCUCGGGGUCCAACUGUAUGAUCUCCCCAAAGUGAAAGCUGUUUAACCGUUUCGAAGUGGAUGUUUGGUGGGAAAGAGGACCGCUCCUCUGGGUGGGACCAGAAGAGUCUCCAACAGGGGAGCCACAAGCAACUCGGGGGUCCUCAUACAAAGAUAACUUUUCUCAAAUCCCAUGGCUUUCCCCUUCCUCGCCCGUUUGGGGUCAGCUCUGGGAUCCGCACUCCAGUUUUCCAACUUUAAUCUCCCUGCAUCGUAAUUUCUGUGCACCCCCCAUCCCCCAGAUCGUCCACUAAGUGCAUCACUGCCUCUCAGGGUGGGCUGGAAGCCAAAGCCCAGACUCCUAAUGCAGUCCGGAUCCAGCAAGCAUGAAGAGGAGACCCCUUCUCUCUUCUGGGGCUCAGAUCCUGUUUUUCUAGCUUUUGCAAAGCUCUACAUCCGGGAUAUUGUCAACUUGAAGGAGUCCUGCCAGGUGCCAGGAGUCUUUUUUUACAAUGGGCAUCCAAUAAGACAAGUGGAUAUCCUGGGAACUGUAAUUGGUGUGAGAGAAAGAGAUGCCUUUUACAGUUACGGAGUGGAUGAUAGCACCGGAGUUAUAAACUGCAUCUGCUGGAAAAAACUGAAUGACACUGAGUCUUCAUCAGCUGCUCCAAGUGCAAGAGAGUCAGCCUUACCCUCCCAGCUCAAGAAGCUGCGGGAAGCCAUUGAGCAGAGAACAAAAAUAGAGAUCGGAGACAUUAUCCGGAUCAGAGGCUUUGUCCACACAUUCAGAGAAGACCGAGAAGUCCGUGCCACUCUUUAUUAUAAAGUCGAUGACCCUGUGUGCAACAUCCAAAUCGCACGGAUGCGUGAGCUGCCCACUCUCUACAGGAAGGUCUAUGACCGGCCAUUCCAUUGUCCAGCCCUGGAGAAAGGAGAGGCACUAAGCAACAACCCAAGCACCCUGGACCUGGUCAGUCUUACAAAUAUGCUGAGCAAAAAAAUCAAAGAAUUCCUCCUGGAGAAAAGAAUCCAAACCUUUUACCAUCAGGAGUUGGAAAUGGAGGCAUCUCUGCUGUCUCUUGCCAACCAGCCUGUGAUUCACAGUGCCAACUGUGAGCAAGUCACCAGAGAAGACAAAGAACUGCACGAAAAGAUCCACCAUAUCAUUCAAGAAGACUGCCAGAAACCAAAUCAUGUGGAGAAGGGCUGCCACUUCCGGCACAUCUUGGCCUGUGCUCGCCUGAGCCUCAGCCCCAACCUGAGUGAGGCUGUGCUGCAGCAGGUGCUGGAGCUCUUGGAGGACCAGAGUGAAGUGAUCAGCACCAUGGAGCACUACUACAUAGCAUUCUGAGGAGAGACCAGGCUGAGGGGAGAAAGGCCAGCUGCCAGCCUCUCCCAGGACCUAAUUAUAAACACCAUGAAGAUACUCAGAGGUCUGAGGACACGUGCCACUCGACCAGCCAUGACUGUGUACAUGUGAGGACUGGAAUUUGGCAACAGUCCCACUGGCCAGUUCCUGCCUGCUGUACUCUUGGGAUUAAAUGACUUCUAUCUUAGUCACGACAGGCAAGAAGACCUACCUUGUUGUCCUGAUGAGAUAGAGCAUUGUUCUUGGAGCAGAAGGGAUUCAGGAGACAGUCUUGGUGACUGAAUCAGUGUGUAUGGUUUGAGGUUCUGCUGUGGUGAAGGACCUUCACUCUGGACUCCCCACAUAGACUGCAGAGCAUGUAGCAGUUGACAUACAUCUGCAACUUUUUAGAACUUCAUACUGCUGGACUGCUAAGAUAGCUUACCUGGAUAGCACCUGCUUUGUUGUGCUCACGACCCAGGUUCAAGCCCAGCCUCUGUCUGCUGGAGGAAGCUUUAGUACAUUUGGUGUCUUUCUUUCUCUCUGUGUCUCUGUCUUUUAUAUCAAAAAAUAAAUAAAUAAAAAGUUGGCGUCAA